CUAAACCCCAAAUGCUCUUUCUUCCUCAACCUGUUGAAACCUAAAUGUGAUUUGUAUUCUGGGGAGUGAAAAUGGGGAGCAGGUCGUGUUUGGCCGGAAUGGAAGUUCCUAUAAUCGGCAGUGACGCCAUCAAAUGGAUUCAGCUAUCAGUUCCUUCGUCUGCUUCUACUCCGGCCGAGGCCGCCGCCGUGCUGCCGGACCAUCUCAACAGAGAUACCGCCUCCUACGCCGUAUUUGGAAACCCUCCCACCUAUCUAAUUUGGAGAAUUAACAAGAGUCAGGCAAAUGUUGUAGAGAUAAUGCAGCUAAAUGAUGAUAAAGAGUUUCCAAAUAUUGGACUGCAGAUUGUAUUCCCAGAUGCACUUUUUCCCUUUACUCUGAUAUGUGAAAAUCAGGCUAAUCUUUUGACUGGGGGACAUUUCACACUUAAUGCUUUGACAAUCUCAGGGGUUGCUUACCUUAUUAAACUUAAAGAUGUUUCUACCUAUAUAUCUAGUUCUGUUUUGCCAUCUAGUGAGGUUAUUGAGUGCAAUGCACAAAUGAAUCCUCAUCAUGGAGCAAUAACGGCAGUCGCAGCAACAGCAGGGUCUAUAGUAGUUGGCAGGAAUGAUGGAUCUGUCAGCUGUUUCCAACUUGGCGUGGUCGAACCUAGUGCUCCAGGUUUUGUAUAUGAGCUUCGUGAUGAUGCUGGCUUUGGUCGUUUAUGGGGCAUAAUGUCCAGGAGCAGGACAGUUGCUGCAGUGCAGGAUUUAGUAAUAUCAGAGCUGUGUCAGAAAAAACUUCUUUUUGUGCUCCACUCUGAUGGAAUAUUACGGGUGUGGCACCUUUCAAAUCGCUCCAAAGUUUUGACUCAUAAUAUGACUGAGACAACAUCUGUAAGAUUAUGGGUGGGAAAGGAAUCAAAGGAUGAUAGUGAUACUAAUAUAAUUCCACUGGCAGUGUUACAGAAACAUCAUAUGGAAGUUGGCAUGGAGAUACUCUCUCUAUAUACCCUUUCAUUUAGUGUCGAGGACAGGAUUGAUUUGUCCUUGCAACCUUCAACUCAAAGUAUCCCUUUUGAGAAGGGUGGCCUUAUUGAUCUGAGACUUACUCAAAACAAGUUAUGGAUGCUUAAAGAAGAUGGAUUGGUAAUGCGAGAGUUAUUUUAUGAAAAUAUGGGAGAGGGAUUAGUUCAUUGCUACUCUUUACAGGAAGCAUUUGUUGCUGACCAGCUAUUCCAAAGCUUUGAAAAUUCUUCAGAUGAUCUACUUUGGCUUUCUGAUGCUGUAUUAACAUCUUCAAAGGAUGAAAUUGCUUCCUUUGUGUCUUAUAUCUUCCUGCGUAGGUUGCUUCUUCCAGGCAUUCAUCAUAAUACCAUUCUAAGGGCAACCUUACGAGACUAUAACAAGCACUUCACUGAUUCUGAGUUUGAUUCCUUGACUAUUGAUGGGCUAAAAAAUGAAAUCCUGUCACUUAUUGAGCAUGAGGGUGGUGCUGAAAGUCCAGUUUCAAUAGUUUAUAGCUGGAAAUCAUUUUGUACACGCUAUUUCAAUAAUUGGUGCCACUACAAUGCAGCUUGUGCUUUGCUUGUUGAUUCAUCCACGGGAGCUAUUGGCUUAAUUAGGAAAAAUACAAUUUCUUUAUGCCGCAGUUUGGAGAACAUUGAGCUUCUCAUUUUUGGUUCUUUUGAUGAGUUUGGUAAUGCUUCAAGCUCUGGGUUGAACUUCUCUGCUGAUGAUCUUGAAAGAGAAGUUCUCUUUGAGGUCCUGCAGUGCAUUAGUAAUCUCAGUCAACAGUUAGGCCGAGCUUCUUCAGCAAUAUAUUAUGAGGCACUCCUUAGAACACCAAACUUAUCACCUGAAGAUGUUACUGUUCGCUUGCUGAAGACUGUAGAAUCUGGAUAUAGUCCAUCAACAGCAUAUCUUCACUCAGAACUUGGAGCUGAUGUGGCUCGGGAUAAAGAAAUAUCUAACCACAGAAGUCUUAGGAAAUUUUCUGUGAAUAUGUUUUUGUCCCUACACAAUUUGUGCACAAGAGCUAUUACAUGGGGGAAAGUCCUUGAUGUGAUUGAGAGUUACUUGAAGUAUCUUGUGCCUCUCAAAAUUGUACAAGAUUUCAAUUCUCAAGCAGUGUUCAAUAUAAACACUGCUGUUACAGUGCAGGCUACUUCCCAAGUUGCUAAAGUGAUGUUUGAAUCUACACUAGAUGUAUAUAUGCUUCUAAGCUAUAUGCUUAGCACGAGUGGUAAGAUCCACUUGUCUCAGAAUGAUGUUUCAAGAAUUAAACUUGAGCUCGUUCCUAUGAUCCAAGAGAUGCUUACUGAAUGGCAUAUCAUCCACUUCUUUGCAACCACACCAUCUGAAUCUCCUGUCUUUGAAGAUUUUAGCUCUCAACUUUCAUCAUUGCAUCUUGAUAGCAAUGAACAGAGAUCAUGGAAUGAGAAGCUUGGGAAAUCUGAUUUCACACUUGCUUUUCUCCUGCUGCUUAGCAUCCAAGGUUCCUCAGAAGGCCAGAGCCAUCUCUCUUUUAGAUUUCUUCCAGAUCCUGCAAGCAUAACAAAUUCUGUGCAGCAAUUUACUAGCUGGAUAAUAUGGGGUAGAAAAGACGAAGAAUCUUCAGUUUUUUUGAGUCAUUCUGUUGAGCUUGCUCUUAUCUUGCUUAGACAUGGCCAGUAUGAUGCUGUUGAGUACAUGCUCAAUUUGGUAGAGUCGUAUUUGCGGAAGGAAAAGACAUCUGAAAGUCUUCAAAGUGUGAGUGGAGAGUGGUCCAAAAUUCUCCAUCUUCUUGGUUGUUCCCUUAUUGCCCAAACACAGCGUGGUUUACAUGGAAUGCUGAAAGAGAGAAAGAUUUGUGAAGCGGUGUGCUGCUUUUUUAGAGCUGCAUCUGCUCAAGGAGCAUCAAAGGCUUUGCAAAGUUUGCCAUAUGAAGCUGGAUGGCUGCAUCUUGGUUUAAUUCACAGUACCUCGACUCCUUCAUUCAAGCUUCACUACUAUCAAUGGGCAAUGCAGAUCUUUGAGCAAUAUAGUAUGAGCCAGGCUGCUUGCCAAUUUGCACUUGCUGCACUUGAGCUAGUUGAUGAAUCUCUUGGUCCUAAAGAUGGUGACUUAAGGGUUGAUCCUGUUGAUGAAUCACCAUCUGCUGUUAAGGGACGACUUUGGGCAAAUGUGUUCAAGUUUACUCUAGAUCUUAACUUGUAUUAUGAUGCAUACUGUGCAAUAAUCUCAAAUCCAGACGAGGAAAGCAAAAACAUAUGUUUGAGGCGUUUUGUUAUUGUUCUAUAUGAGCGUGGAGCAGUAAAGAUUCUUUGUAAUGGACAACUACCUUUUAUUGGCUUAACAGAUAAGGUGGAAAGAGAGCUUGCUUGGAAGGCUGAGCGUUCAGAUGUUUCAACCAAACCAAACCCAUUUAGAUUGCUCUAUGCAUUUGAGAUGCAGAGACAUAAUUGGCGCAAAGCAGCAAGUUAUAUUUACUUGUAUUCUUCUCAAUUGAGAACUGUAGCAGACAUCAAAGAUCACCAGCGGCGUUCCCUGCUUCUGCAGGAGAGGCUGAAUGGGCUUGCUGCUUCUAUUAAUGCUCUGCAACUUGUUCAUCCUACCCAUGCUUGGAUUGAUGGUCCGCAUGAUGACAGUUCUCCUGAUAAAGAUACCUCUCCAAGUAAAAAGGCUAGGAUAGCUGUGGAAGGCAAUUCUGCUGGUGAUGGUUCUCCAACUCGAAGGUCCUACAUAGAUGUUCAGAAGCUUGAGAAUGAGUUCAUUUUGACAUCAGCUGAAUAUUUGCUCUCACUGGCAAAUAUUAAGUGGACUUUUGCAGGUACUGAGAAGCCUCCACCAGAUAUAGUUGACCUGUUGGUCGAGUCAAAUCUGUAUGAUAUGGCUUUUACAGUAAUUCAAAAAUUCUGGAAGGGUUCAGCUUUGAAGAGGGAACUUGAAAAGGUCUUUGCCACAAUGGCAUUAAAAUGCUGCCCAAGCAGACUACACCCCUCAUCGAUUGGGAAUGAGUAUAGAAUGAAGAACCUUCUUUUGAUGACAUCACAUGAUGAGAUCAUUGCCAAUGGUUCACCUGAUGCAGCUCCAAUACCACAACAAUCCAAUGGCAAUGGCCAGUGGGAAACUCUUGAGCUCUAUCUUGAUAAAUAUGAAGGUUUUCAUGCCAGAUUACCUGUUGUGGUUGCAGAAACUCUUCUUGCAGCUGAUCCUCAGAUUGAGUUACCCCUUUGGUUGGUUCAAAUGUUCAAGAGUGUUCAACGAGAAAGUAGUUGGGGAAUGGCUGGCAGCGAGUCAAACCCAGCAUCUUUGUUUCGACUAUAUGUUGAUUAUGGACGAUUCACCGAAGCAACUAAUUUACUUCUGGAGUACAUUGAAUCUUUUGCAUGUCUGAGACCAGUGGACAUAAUUCGUCGUAAAAGAUCAUCAGCAGUUUGGUUUCCUUAUACUCUUAUUGAGCGAUUGUGGUGCCAGCUCGAGCAGUCUAUCCGAUUGGGUCACAUGGUUGACCAAAGUGAAAAGCUGAAAAAGAUGCUGCAUACAGCUCUGCAGAACCAUCUAAAUCUUGUUAAAGUGGAUUCAGAUGAUGUGCUGUCUUCUGCAGCCUAGUAUGAUCCUGCAUCUUUGUCCUUGUUAGCCUAUGAACGAUGGGACUGCAUUCUUCAUAUUAUAGGAUGCUCCACUUCACUAUUGUAGCGGGCAUGGCCUGGUGGAAGAUGAAAUCUGUGUUGUAGCCAAUGCUCCCUGCUAUACCCACUUCUCCCUUCAGAGAGCAAGACGUUUGGGCAUUAACCUUCUAACAAGGUAAAUAUGUCUACUGACUGAAAACCCCAUGCUAUCCUCACCCCUUGAUAGAAAGAUUCACCUAGUUGCAUGUAUAUGAAAAAUUGUCUAAAUUGUGUUUUUGGGUACACAGCUUGUAAUUUUUGACUGAUGGAAAAUCUGGAUUCACAUGAAAUCCAGGUGAUCUUAAAUGUAUUAGAUCGCUGCGCAAUUUAGUUGAGUAAUUUUGAAAUUAUUAUUACAAAACAUCACCCCAUUUGCCAUUUCUUGUUACAACUUUGUUUGCUUAGCCGUCUAGUCUAGUCAAGUAAAAGAUAUACUUCCUUUUAUUUGGUGGUUGUCCGGUGAUGAUAGCUGUUAGCUGCCAUAUAUUCAUCUUUUUCUAAAGAGUGUCUUUUGGAUCAUAUGUUUCAUUACAGAAUUUAAUUUCCAUUAAAACUGUGUUAUUUGUA